AUGAGACAACAGGCCAUAGUUUGGCUCUUGCUGCAGCUCACGUUUGAGCUUUCUUCAUGCACUCAUAUCCAUGUGAUACAUGGUUCUACCGUGGAGCUGCCUUGUGGCCCAUCAGGAAGUUUCUUUGAUGAAGCAGACAUCACCUGGAAAUUCAAUGGAAAUGAUAUAAGUCAUUCAGCUCAGUCCACUGGCCCAACAAGAGUUAUCAAGAAUGGCUUGUACCUUUCCAUUUCCCCUGUAACUUCUGCCAGUGAGGGUGAAUAUGUGUGUUUGGCAAAGGCAAACAAUGUGGAGACGAUUAGAAGAUAUAACUUCACAGUUGAAGGUGCAUUUUGCGCCGCUGUCAAGGCAACCAGAGGCUUUGAUGUAGCCCUCCAGUGCCAUUUCCCACCUUCCACACAAGUUAAGGCCAACGCUCGCUGGUUUAAAGAGACCGGUGUCGGUAAAAGAACACAGCUCAACACCGCUGAUGACCUCGCGUCUGGUGAGAAACUGGAGCUGCUUUAUCCAGAGGACCAUGAUCAGACCAUCAUGCUCCGGGGUGCCACCCCGGAAGAUGCUGGGGUUUACCACUGUGAAACCGCCGGGGGGGAGAGGCUCAGCACCAUUCAACUUACCGUAGAAGAAGCCAAAACCCCACCCCCUCCCUCCUGUAAAGACGGUAAUGAAGCAUGGGAGCCCUGCCUGGAAGAUCACCGUCGCACAGCUGAAACCAUUCUGCAAGAAUCCCUGACAGAGUUUGCCAUGAAGGUGUACUCCCACUUCAGACAAACAUAUCCUUCUGAAAACUUACUCUUCUCCCCCAUCAGCAUCAGUGGGGUGCUCUCCCAUUUGUUGUUAGCUGCACGUAAUGACACCCGCAGAGCCAUUGAGACCGCUGUGUGCGUGCCUCAUGAUUUCCAUUGCGUUCACUUCCAGAUGAAGCAGAUGAGAGAGAACAUGGCUGAGUCGUUGCAAAUGGCCUCUCAGAUCUACUAUAACACUGAGCUGAAUCUUGGCAGGGUUUUUAUGAACCAGUCCUAUGAAUACUACGGAGCAGAGCCCUCAAAACUGCAUCAGAGUAGUGAGGAAAACGUACAGAUGAUAAACAGCUGGGUAGCAAAUAAAACCAGAAACAAAAUCACACAUUUUGUCGACUCUGUGUCACCCAGCACGCAGCUGAUCUUACUCAAUGCUGUCUCCUUUAGUGGCCAGUGGAAAGUCAAGUUUGGUGAAAAGCCAAAGAAAGGACGUUUCACCAAACUAAAUGGGGAUUUAGUUCCUGUCCCUCUCCUCCAUCACCCGAAAUACAUGGCGAAGACCAUGCACAGUACUGACCUGAGAGCACAGGUGGCGAAGUUUGACCUGACAGGGGAAAGCAGUCUGUACAUUUUGCUGCCUUUUAGCCGCCAAGAGGCCGGUCUGCGGAUGGUGGAGGAGAGGAUGACGGACUCAGCUGUCCUGGAAAUGGUUCGGCAGCUGAAGGAAGUGUCACCCCAGGUGACUGAGGUGACUCUGCCUCAGAUCAAGUUGGACGGGGAGCCAAACAUGAACAUACUGAUCAAGAAACUAGGCCUGUCAUCGCUGUUCGAGGGUGCCAGUCUGUGUGGCCUCGACUCGGAGAAAAACGUGGUUCUGGACGAAGCCAGGCACAAAGCUUUCCUGGCGCUGACAGAAAAAGGAGUGGAGGCCGGAGCUGUGACCAGCCUGUCGUUCUCCCGCUCCUACCCGUCUUUCUCCGCCCUGCGGCCUUUCGUUCUGCUUCUGUGGAGUGAGCGGGCAAACGUGCCGCUCUUUAUCGGCAGACUGACCGAACCGUGA